AUGAGCAGAUUGGCAGAAUUCCUAUACAUCAAAAUUUUUGCAGGUGAAGAGGAAGAUCCUCGUUUAUUCUGUGCUAUGGCCGUUCUCCUAGGAAACUGGGACUCAUGGAGUAGAGAAAAUUAUACAGGUGAUUUUGAUGAUAGUGCUUGGUGGCCAAAUCUCCUCAACGAAAAUAUAAAGUCAAGAUUAUAUCUUAUAACUUUUGGUGGUAUCAUGCAAUUAUUGGAUGAUGAUAUAGACAUACGAUCUAUUGAAAGCAAAGCUGAACAGUACCUGCAAAGAUAUGAUGACGAAGAGACCGCUCAAAGUAUCGCUGUGGUAGAAGAGGAUGAUGAUGAAGAGCCUGUUAUUAUGGAAAUCAACCCCUACAGAGGUCACAAUCUGUUCUUUACAGAGAAGCAUUGCCAGAAACUUUACUUGCCACGAGUUACAAAGCCUUUAGUUUGGUUCUUGGAGAGCAGAUGCGAAGCAAACAGUAACUGCUCAAACAAACCAAAAGGUCACUAA